ACCAGAGAAAGCUUAUACGUUAGCUAAAAGUUGGCCCAAGAUAACUUGGCGUUUGCAAUGACAAAGUGUGGUAGUCAUCAUUAAUGUCUUUUACUUUUUAUCAAAAUAUGACGUUUAUAAUGACAAUCCCUCGCUCACUAUUUUGUACACAAACAACUCGCGCUACCGAAUCAUCAUUCAAUCAUUCGGACUAGAACGUGUAUUAAAGCAUUAUAGCAAACCAAAUAAACACCGACAUGCCCGACUGGUAUAGGUGGUUAUGAUUUUUAUUGAUUUUCUAUAAGAACUUAAUAAAUUUUAAAAUUAUAGAUUCAUAUUAGUAGCGCAUGCAUUUGGCGACCAGAGGGCCUACCGUGAACAUCGAAAAUGUUCACAUAUGCAAGAGCAAUACAAAGACCAUACAAAGACAGAUUCCGAUAUUCGCCGGUAGAUCCUAAGUCUCCAUGAUUGAGUAGAUAAAAUAAAAGAUAAUUUGACAACAAUUUUGGAAUCUUCAUUUAAUUCUGAAAGAACUCGAAAAAUAACUUUUAACGUCUGUUCUGAUAUAAAGCGUCACGCAUAAAUUUAUCAUAUGUACCAAACUUGAAAUGCGGCCAAAAGAAUAUGUGCGCUGUUUUCCCAAAAUAACUCAUUAGAAGUUUAGUUUCGCGCUGUCUAACGCGGCAUACUGCUGCCCCUGAACGAUAAAACGAAUAAAUCCGCAAUUAUCUGGACGAUGAGUGCAGAUGCAGCUUCAUUGCCCUGUCCGAUAUGUUCGCAAAGUGGUGUUUUCGAAUCAGUGCAAUUACUUAGGGACCGGUUAAUACAUGUGUCGACUAACAAAAUUGUAUGCCCCGUUUGUCAAGAAGAGGUUUGUGGACUAGACAAGUUGACUAUCCAUUUAUUCACUCAUGUAAAGUUAAUUAAUACAAGAGAUUUUAGCGAGAAAAAUAAUGCAUUUACGGAAAUCUGUAAAUCAAAUGCAAACAUUCCAGUGACCUCUACUAAUCAUAAGAAAUCUAGAAUGUCAACGGCUAAAAAUAAAUCAACAACAUCUGCGGAAAAUGCACCCGUGAAAUUCGUAAAGAUAUGUCCAAAGUUGCCAGUGAUGCCAGCCAUAACGGCGCCAGUGUUAUUAGACCCAUCACGCGAACCGGCUGAAGGUGGACUUCAAGAGACGGCUCUAAAUGUAUCAUAUAUUAAGAAGGAAAAGUCGAAGUUGCAAAUCAACACAACCUGUGAUAUUUGCGGUGUCCAAUUCGUGGACGAAAUUAUUCUGAGAAUGCAUCGAUGUCUUAUACACAAUAUAGAUGAUAAUUCUAAUCACAGCAUUUCAAAAUAUCAAUGUCAUCUAUGUCCAAAAAGCUUUAAGAUGAGGGGCUCCCUUAUGGUUCACUUGCGAGUAGCACAUUACGGAUUUCAAUCCGAUACCAGCAGCGCGAAAACCGACUCAGCAAACGAAGCUGGCUCCGGCAAUCAACAUUGCCCUGCCAACGAUAAACCCAGCAAUUACGAAAGGAAUGAUAAUAAACAAUGGCAGUGUGAUGUUUGUCGGAAAUGUUUUACUACAAAAUAUUUCCUGAAGAAGCAUAAGCGUCUUCACACAGGUGAAACGCCAUACGCCUGCUCGCAGUGCAACAAGACGUUCACAUUUCAACAGUCGUACCACAAGCACCUGCUGUACCACAACGACGAGAAGCCGCACUCGUGCGGUUACUGCGGCCGCGCCUUCAAGGAGCUCUCCACUCUGCACAACCAUCAGCGGAUCCACACCGGCGAGAAGCCUUUCUCUUGCGAGACAUGUGGUAAAUGUUUUCGACAACGAGUAUCCUACCUCGUACAUCGACGCAUUCACACUGGUGUAAUGCCAUACAAAUGUACAGCCUGUGACAAAAGUUUUCGCUAUAAAGUAUCCCAGAGAACUCAUAAAUGCCAAGCCCAGCCACCGGGCACGGUAGUACGACAGAGUGGUGACCUAGUAGAAAAAUUGAAAAGAAAACAUCCUGAACCAUACACAUCCUCUUCAGAGCUGCCAAAAGAAAGUUAUGAAAAUGUGAAAUACCACCAAGUUUCGGAAGCAAACGCAGAAUUAGUACGGACGGGGGCAAAGCUUUCGUUAGAAGAUACAGAAACUGAUAAUUUUACUCUAAUCGCCGAAGCAUUCAAUGAUAAUAUAAAGAAUUCUACGAAACAGGUAAUUGAUGAGGACAAUAUAAUGUUACCUGAAUCCAACAGUCCUGUAAUAGACAAAAAUAUUCCUUCGCCGUCAGAAACUCUCAAGAACUUAUGUUUGUCUAAAGAAGACGAUUAUAAUAGAGUUGAGCAAGAUAAAUAUGAAGUAGGGGAGUAUUCUAUGUAUAAAGAGUUUAACUUAUUCUUGUAAUGUACUUAAUAGAAUGCAUUUCUAACAGGGAACCUACCUCAAUCGAUUUGUUUUUGUUGCCCAACGACGUUGGAAGUAUUGAAGUCAGCAAUAUUAAGAGAUGGCGUACAUUACUUAUUCUCUUUUGUAUUUCAAGAUAUAAUCAGUAUAAUCAUCCACCGCAUCUCCUAAAUACAGCUUUUCGUAUUUUCCAGUCCGCUAGCCUUACGUUUUGGUACAUUCAAGCGGCCGCUAACGGCCGCUAUGAGGCUGUGGGUGGUCACGUUUUUUUAUUUGUAGUCUGCUUCUUUCACACUCCUGAAAUGUUUAUAUACGUGAUGGCUUCCCUUUUGCAUACUUCAGUUACCUCUACUUAAGCGUAGCGUCACUUUAGACCUGAGGAACAAACACGUGUGUCAAAAGAAAUGCAUAGCGCUAUGUGCACGACAAUUACGCAACCUAAGCCCUGUAUCUUUAGGUAUUCAAAUAAAAUUAAACAAAAUCUACCCUCAAAUGGCUCCUUAAGCCAGUUGAGGGUAAAUGAAGACAUUACAUGAUCGAAUAAUGUAGGUUAAAGUCAGGUCGUCCAGUGACAGAUCCAGGCGGUUUUGUAUUUGGUUGGUUAACCAAUAAACGUUGUAAGUACCCGAAAAUGACAAAUUGUUUAUUUACUUUUAUUUAAAUACCUAAAGAUACAGAGUACUUAUAGCAGUCUCAAAUCUAGGGGAAAACGUCAAUUGACUACAUCUUAUAAAACGACUCCAAAACUAAAAGCUACUGAACAGAUUUUCAUACGACUUUCCUCUAUCAAUAGAGUAAUUCUUGAGGCAGCUUUAGGUAUAGAAUUUGUUAAGGUUUUGUGUAAAUUGGUUGAAAUAUAACGUUGUUUUCGGAAAAAAAUCACGCUGGCUAGCUUUAAUCGAAAACGCUGCCUAAUCCGUUUGAGCUAUUAACAACACGAUGUAUGGUGGGGUUGUUUAUCUUUUAUGAAUCUACAAAAACGUCCGCGAUGUUGAAUGUCUAUCUUUUAAGGAUAACUUACUAUACCCAUUCUUAACUUCUAGAAAAAUAUCACAUAAUAAGUGGCAUUCGCAAAGCUAUUUACACGGAUAGGGAGCGUGCAUGAACUAUAGGAGGCAGCACUGGAGCCGUCAGAUUUUUGGCGCGAGGCGUAAAUGUGAUGUUUAUUGUUCCGAUGUAGCCUACAAGAUGGCAGAACCUACUAUGCACAAGAAAACACGUGACGUGUAAAUGUACACGUUUAUGGUUCCGAUUCAGGACACAAGAUGGCAGACCCUCCAACGCGCACGGUCCCUAUAGUGUUGAUAAUUAUCAAAUUAAAUACCUUAGUUACCUUACUAACCAUGUAAAUGUACUUUAUGUACUGCCAUCUUUCGGCACAUAAUUAAAAUCUUUAGAACGCCAUUUGAUUUUGAUUCUUAUUAUGUGACUGAUAUGUGUAAAAUUUGUUAAAUGUCAAAAAGUUGGGCCAUCUAGUGCAUAGUGCCUCUACCUUCCAUAGUGCAUACGCCAAAAUUUUCGAGCGAUGGCGCCAUAACCAUAUAAUAAUAAUAAUAAAUUGGUAUCGAAAUUAAGAAUAAAGUUUAUGUAGCAAAUA